GAUUGGUAUAAGUACCAGCCCUCUAGAUUCAAGUGGGGCAUUGUUCACUCUAUAGAGGACUUCAUAACUACGUCGCUCUGUGGAAGCCGAAUUUUCCCAACCUAUUUUAACUUGCUGAUUAUUGUUGAAACUCAUCAAAUUAAACAAAAUGCGUGAAUGUAUCUCAAUCCAUGUCGGUCAAGCCGGAGUCCAGAUCGGAAACGCCUGCUGGGAGUUGUAUUGCCUUGAACAUGGAAUCCAGCCUGAUGGCCAAAUGCCAUCUGAUAAGUCAGUUGGAGGUGGUGACGACUCUUUCAACACCUUCUUCUCUGAAACAGGUUCUGGCAAGCACGUCCCUCGUGCUGUCUUUGUCGACUUGGAACCAACCGUCGUUGAUGAGGUUCGCACUGGCACUUACAGAUCCCUGUUUCACCCUGAGCAGCUGAUUACUGGCAAGGAAGAUGCCGCUAAUAACUAUGCCCGUGGCCACUACACUAUUGGCAAGGAAAUCGUUGAUCUGGUGUUGGACCGUGUCCGCAAGCUCUCCGAUCAAUGCACUGGUCUUCAGGGAUUCCUCAUUUUCCACUCUUUCGGUGGAGGCACUGGCUCGGGUUUCACCUCCCUGCUUAUGGAACGUCUCUCAGUUGACUACGGCAAGAAAUCCAAGUUGGAGUUCGCCAUUUACCCAGCCCCGCAAGUCUCCACUGCUGUUGUUGAACCUUACAACUCCAUUUUGACCACCCAUACCACCUUGGAACACUCUGACUGUGCUUUCAUGGUAGACAAUGAAGCUAUCUAUGACAUCUGCCGUCGCAACUUGGAUAUCGAACGCCCGACCUACACCAACUUGAACCGCUUGAUUGGCCAGAUCGUUUCCUCUAUUACUGCCUCCCUUCGUUUCGAUGGCGCUUUGAACGUAGAUUUGACUGAAUUCCAGACCAAUUUGGUCCCCUACCCCCGCAUCCACUUCCCGUUGGUCACCUACGCCCCUGUCAUUUCCGCCGAAAAAGCCUACCACGAACAAUUGACCGUUGGAGAAAUUACCAACGCUUGUUUCGAACCAGCUAACCAGAUGGUCAAAUGCGACCCUCGCCAUGGCAAGUAUAUGGCUUGCUGCAUGUUGUACCGUGGUGACGUUGUCCCUAAAGAUGUCAAUGCUGCAAUUGCCACCAUUAAGACUAAGCGUACUAUCCAGUUCGUCGACUGGUGUCCAACUGGUUUCAAGGUCGGCAUCAACUACCAACCCCCAACUGUUGUUCCCGGUGGUGACUUGGCUAAAGUUUCGCGUGCCGUCUGCAUGUUGUCUAAUACCACUGCCAUCGCUGAAGCUUGGGCCCGUCUGGAUCACAAGUUUGAUCUGAUGUACGCCAAGCGUGCUUUCGUUCACUGGUACGUCGGUGAAGGCAUGGAGGAAGGAGAGUUUUCCGAGGCCCGUGAAGAUCUUGCUGCUCUUGAGAAGGAUUACGAGGAGGUUGGCAUGGAUUCCGUCGAAGGCGAGGGUGAAGGAAAUGAUGAAUAUUAAAAAGUUCUCAAUUCGUUUCCCUUAAUCUCACGGAAGUAGCAUUUACUUGGAUUUAACUGAUUUGAAUCUCAAAUACAUAAUCUCAAGCAUAA